CCUCUCUCCCUCCCUAACUGAAAAAAAAAUGGCAGCUAGCUCAGGUUCCAAAUGGCUUUAUCUUCUACUAUGCACUUCAUUGGUAUUAUUAUUAUGUAUUGAGUUUACUGAAUGCAUUGUGACUUAUGACAAGAAAUCUCUCAUCAUCAAUGGCCAAAGAAGAAUCCUCUUCUCUGGUUCCAUACAUUAUCCAAGAAGUACCCCUCAAAUGUGGGAAGAUCUUAUUCAAAAAGCUAAAGAUGGAGGUUUGGAUGUUAUUGACACAUAUGUCUUUUGGAAUGGCCAUGAACCUUCACCUGGCAUUUAUAAUUUUGAAGGAAGAUAUGAUUUGGUAAAGUUUGUAAAGUUGGUUCAGAAAGUUGGGAUGUAUAUGCAUCUAAGGAUUGGGCCAUUUGUUUGUGCAGAGUGGAAUUUUGGGGGUUUGCCUGUUUGGCUGAAGUAUGUUCCUGGAAUCAGCUUCAGAACUGAUAAUGAACCUUUCAAGAUGGCAAUGCAAAAGUUCACAACAAAAAUAGUGGAAAUGAUGAAGAAUGAAAAGUUGUUUGAGUCUCAAGGUGGCCCUAUCAUCCUCUCUCAGAUAGAGAAUGAAUAUGGGGCAGAUACUAAAGCAUAUGGGGCAGCUGGUCAUGCUUACAUGACUUGGGCAGCUAAAAUGGCUGUUGGUUUGAACACUGGUGUCCCAUGGGUUAUGUGCAAGCAAGAUGAUGCUCCUGAUCCCAUUAUAAAUACUUGCAAUGGGUUCUAUUGUGAUUAUUUCUCUCCAAAUAACAAAGAAACCAAACCCACAAUGUGGACUGAGGCUUGGACUGGCUGGUUCUCGGAUUUUGGUGGACCUUUACCCCAUCGACCGUUUCAAGAUUUGGCCUUUGCAGUGGCCCGGUUCAUUCAAAAGGGGGGCUCGUUCACGAACUAUUACAUGUAUCAUGGAGGAACGAACUUCGGAAGGACAGCUGGAGGCCCGUUUAUUACUACAAGCUACGACUAUGACGCUCCUAUAGAUGAAUACGGUUUGGUUAGGCAACCGAAAUACGAUCACCUAAAGGAGCUUCAUAAAGCGGUUAAACUAAGCGAGCGAGCUAUCGUUUCAGCUGAUCCCACUUUCAUUUCUUUAGGAUCCUAUGAACAGGCCCAUGUGUUUUCUUCAAAAGCAGGUGGUUGUGCUGCUUUUCUAGCCAAUUAUCAUAUCAAUUCAUCCACAACCGUUAGAUUCAGAAACAACCGUUAUGAUCUACCACCGUGGUCCAUCACCAUCCUUCCUGACUGCAAAACAGUCGCCUUUAACACCGCCCAGGUUGGAUCCAAAACAUCAGCAGUCAAUUGGUUGCCAACAAAUGUAAACAAACUUGUUUGGCAAACUUUUAAUGAAGAUGUUGCAUCGGUUGAUUCCGAUUCAAGGAUGGCAGUUUCUGGGCUGUUGGAUCAGUUGAGUGUCACUAGAGAUGCAAGUGAUUACCUUUGGUAUUCUACCGGUGUUGUAAUAAACCCAUCUGAGUUACACGGUGUUCCUAGUUUAACAGUCGAAUCGGAAGGCCAUGCUUUGCAUGUUUUCGUCAAUGGCGAGCUCGCAGGUUCAGCAUUUGGAAACGGAGAAAAUAAGAAAAUAAAGUUCACAGGAAAUGCAAAUUUACAGGCCGGAAUGAACAAGAUUCAACUUCUUAGUGUUACAGUCGGGUUACAAAACAACGGGCCACGUUUCGAGCUAUCGAAAACGGGAGUUUUAGGGCCUGUUGUGUUGCAUGGAGUAGGUCGCGGUUCGAGGGAUAUAACCCAUCAGAAAUGGUCAUACCAGGUUGGCUUGAAAGGCGAAUCCAAAAACCUGGCAUCGCCUACCGGGGUUUCGUCAGUAGACUGGAUAGAAUCGUCCUUAUUAGGACUAACAAAUAGGCCACUUACAUGGUAUAAGGCUUAUUUCAAUGCACCAGAAGGUGUGGAGCCUUUGGCUAUUGAUAUGAAGAGCAUGGGAAAGGGUCAAGUAUGGAUAAAUGGUGAGAGCAUAGGAAGAUAUUGGACAGUUCAUGCGAAAGGUAGUUGUACCGAUUGCAACUAUGCUGGUACUUUUCGACCCGCCAAGUGUCAAUCUCAGUGUGGACGCCCGACUCAACGAUGGUACCACGUUCCGCGUUCUUGGUUAAAACCUACCCAAAAUUUGAUAGUUGUUUUUGAGGAAAUAGGUGGUGAUGCAUCAGCCAUUUCUAUUAUGAAAAGAUCAUAAAGGUGUAUAUAGAAGGAGGUUACUUGUUGCAGGGUUGAUCAAGACCUCUAUACUUGCACAAGAAGUAAAAAAAACAUGUAUAUCUGAUGUGCUAUGAAGUAUUGAAGUGCUAUAUAUUGUUAUAUUAUAAGAAAUCAUACAAUGAUAGGCAAAAAAUACCAUAAGAAAGGUUAUAUACUUGUAUGCACAUGUGAUGUUUCCACAUGUCUUUGGUUCGACCUUCUAAUGAGAAUUAAGUGGCUUCUAAUGAGAUAA